AUGGUUGAGUCACAAGUCAUUGAUGCACUUGAAGACGAGCAAGCAGAGGUCGACGUUGUAGAUGAAGAAGAAGAAGCACCGGAAAUAGAAGUUGAUAACUUGGUCAACGAGGAAGUUGUUGUACCACGAGAUCAAGUGCAUAUGCCUCCAGUGCACAUGAGGAACUUGAAUUUUGAUGGGGAUGAUGAACCAUCGACUGAUAUUUUCUAUGAUCCAUACACUCAAACAGAUCAAUGGUUGCAUGCAUCAUACAGGAAGAGAAGUGAUUCAUGGGUUAUAGGAUAUAUUUCCCAAGAUCACACAUGUGUUAACACAAAUGUUUCACAAGAUCACCGUAAGCUAAGUUAUGACAUUAGUUGUCAAGAAAUCUUGCCUCUAGUUGAAAAAGAUCCAUCGUUAAAGGUGAAAAUGAUAAUCUCUCAUAUCGUUGCAACAUACAAUUACACUCCGUCUUAUAGAAAGGUGUGGCUGGCGAAGACCAAAGCGAUCGAAAUUAUGUAUGGAAAUUGGGAGGAUUCGUACAAACGACUCCCACAUUUCUUAUAUGCACUUCAAAUUUAUGCUCCUGGAACCGUUACUAUUUUAGAGACCCUUCCGGCGCAAUCUCCAGACGGAACGUCCCUUCAAGGAAAUGUGAUAUUCCACAGGCUUUUCUGGGCUUUCCGCCCAUGUGUGCAAGGAUUUUCAUAUUGCAAACCAAUUCUUCAAAUAGAUGGAACUUGGUUGUACGGAAAAUAUAAAGGCACCAUGUUGAUGGUUGUGGCUCAAGACGGAAAUAGUAACAUCUUUCCUGUUGCGUUCGCUCUUGUGGAAGGAGAAACUGCUGGAGGUUGGGGUUUCUUUCUCAAAAAUCUUCGGACACACGUUGCCCCCCAACCUGGACUUUGCUUGAUUUCAGGCAGACAUGCUGCCAUCGAGAGUGUGUACAACAAUCCAGCAAACGGGUGGCAAAACCCAACCUCAACGCAUGUUUACUGUAUUCGACACAUUGCACAAAAUUUCAUGCGGGAGAUAAAGGACAGGGCUCUUCGGAAGACUCUUGUCAAUGUCGGAUAUGCGUUGACUCAACCGACGUUCCAAUAUUAUCGACAUGAAAUUGUAGCGGCAAAUCCAGAUGCAGGCAGAUGGGUAGACAAUCUUGCUAGAGAGAAAUGGACCAGAUCAUACGACAACGGGAAGCGAUGGGGGCACAUGACUACGAAUCUUGUGGAGUCUAUGAACGGGGUGUUUAAGGGCAUCAGACACCUUCCGAUUACUUCCUUGGUGGAAGCAACAUACUAUAGGAUGGCUUCUCUUUUCGCAAGAAGAGAUUUCUCUGUUUUGCUACUUCAUGUGUUUGGUGAAGGGAAGAAAGUGCGAAGAGAGAAAGAUGUGAGAGGGAGUGUGAGAAGAGAGAAGUAG